UUCUACCUCUUCCCGGAAAGACACCGAUCAUCACAUGAGCUAAAUCCCUGCUGUUUGGUUUUCUUCACCUUGUAUUAAUUAAGCUUAGUGUAAAAGUAAAUCUUAAUGAAGUAUUAUUAUUUAUUUAUUUUUGCCGAACAAAACCCUUCUCGGUUUUCCAUGAAGUAGUUUUCCUCCACAUUUCUCAAAGAGGCUGUGACCGGAGCAGCCGGAGGACAUAGCCUGAUUUCCCCUCACAUCACACAGAUCUCGCUGCACCACGAGACCUACAAACCCCGAGACCUUCUCAUCAUCAUCAUCAUCAUCAUCACCAUGUCGGUACCGCAGCAGCGCGAGGCAGUGUCCUCCCUCCAGUUAUGCAGGAUCAUGCGGCCAGACGACGCCAACAUUGUGGGCAACGUCCACGGCGGCAUAAUCCUCAAGAUGAUUGAGGAAGCUGGAUGCAUUGUUGGCACACGACACUGCAACACACAGAAUGGGGACCGCUGUUUGGCAGCUCUGGUUCGGGUGGAAAAGACGGAGUUCCUGUCCCCUGCGUUCAUUGGCGAGGUCGCCCACGUCUCUGCUGAGAUCACUUACGCCUCCAAGCACUCCCUGGAGGUGCAGGUCAAAGUCUUGACCGAGAACAUCCUCACAGGUGCCAAAAAGCUGGCCAACAAAGCAGCGCUGUGGUACGUCCCCUGUUCUCUGCAGAAUGUCGACAAGAUCAUGGAGGUGCCGCCCAUCAAGUACAUCAGUUCAGAGCAGGAGGAGGAGGGCAGAAAGCGCUACGAGGCUCAGAAGAUGGAAAGACUUGAGACCAAAGCGAGGACUGAAGAGGUGGUGUCACCUCCACCCAACCCAGAGGAUCUACCAAAAGAGCAACACACAGUUGGCUUCAGCCAGUCCAGCCUGAUCCAUUUGGUGGGCCCUUCUGACUGCACACUACACAACUACGUUCAUGGAGGUGUGACCAUGAAGCUGAUGGAUGAGGUCGCUGGCAUUGUGGCAGCUCGGCACUGCAACACCAACAUUGUCACUGCCUCUGUGGAAGCCAUCAACUUCCAUCGCAAGAUCAAGAAAGGCUGUGUGGUGACGGUGACUGGGCGGCUCACGUUUGUCAGCAACAAGUCCAUGGAAAUUGAAGUGUUGGUAGAUGCUUGUUCGCUGGUGGAACCAGAGCAAGGGAAAUAUCGUGCUGUCUCUGCCUUCUUCACCUUCAUCUCGCUGGACAAGGACAAUAAGCCUCUGCCUGUACCUCCUCUUAAGCUCAACGGAGAGGAGGAGCAGAGACGUUUCGAGGAGGGAAAAGCGCGUUACCUCCAGAAUAAAGCAAAGAGACUGGCUGAUAAGGAGCGCCAGCAGUGAUGCCACUGCUCACCAGAGUUUAACGCCUGCAACAACAGUAUAUCAACCCCACAGAACACAUUCAGCCUCCUGUUAAAUCUAAACCCGUGAUUAUUUGUUCCCUGUGCUAUGCACCAAAGUGUCCACAUCUACCUGCAUAUGUAUGUAAAAGUAAGAGUAGAUAUUUUUAUUGAUGUAACAAGACUAUUUAUGAUCACUGUGCAAAGUGACAGUCUGACUGUAUCUAGAAGUAAGAGUACCAUUAUAUUUUAAGAAGAUUUUUAAGUAUGAAGACUUCAUGAUCAGCGUCAGUGUGAAGUGAUCUGAGUCUGAGCUCAACAAAAAUGAUGAAUAAGUGAGUGAAUAAUAAUGAAUAAAAGAUCCAAGUGUGA